CACAAAUGGAUAAGUUUCGGGUUGUUCUGAACGUUGCCAACAAGCAGUCCAACCUUGGUUUUGGACUGUUGGCCCUGUUGACAGCAGGAGGGGAGCAGAUUUUCUCCUCAGUGGUGUUCAGUUGUCCCUGCAAUGAGUUGAACUUCAUAUACGGUCUGGUGUUUCUUCUGGUACCCGGUCUGGCUCUGCUGCUGCUGGGCUACAUCCUGAAUAAGAAGACAUGGAAGCUGUUGACAGGUUUUUGCCAGGGCCAGGCCAAGCUGUGCAGCUGCAGAACUGCCGUGACAAUCCUCUUCCACAUCAACACCACAGCGCUGGUGGCACCUAUCACCUGGAUUGCUGUGGCUCUGCUCAGCGGCAACUACUAUGAGUGUCUGAUGACUGGGACCCAGAUUAGUCCAGUCCAACAUCUGUGUGAAAGAAACAAGACCAAGGUCCCGUGUGAGAACCUUCACAGGUUUCCCUGUAGAGAUGGCAGGGUACGGCAGACAGACAGAGAGGAUGUCCUGCUCGCCCUGAAAGCUCAGUCUCAGAUAUUGGGUUGGCUGCUCAUCGCCUCUGUCAUGUUGUCCAGCCUGCUGCUGACCUGUCUGGCUCGGUGCAGCUCCCCCAUCAGCUACCUGCAGCUCAAGUUCUGGAGGGCAUAUGCUCAGGAGGAGGGCGAGCUUAUUGAAUCAUUCUCCGCGAAACACGCCAAAGAACUUGCCCAGAGGAACCUUCAGAGUUUCUUCAGCCAGAAACAAGCUGAACCCAUCAUCACCCCUUCCAACAAAGACUGGGAGAAGAUCUCCUCCCUCUACAAAUUUAGCACCAAAAAACAGUUCUACAGCACCUUGCACCGCUAUGUGGAGACACAACAGGAGUGUGAAGACGGGAUGAUGAGGAUGGCUUCCAUUGUGUCAAGCGAGUCUGGUGACGACCACCCGGCUGUUCUUCAAUUUGUAGACGACUGCGCGAUUCCGUAGUGAGGUCUGCUGAUGUAUGGAUUACACUCAUAUAAUCACUGAACUCCACUCAGUGCAGGUGUGGCUCUUAAGACCUCAUAUUUGCUAUGAGAUAAAGAAUGUAUUAGCUUAGCUUCAUUUAGUAUCCAUACACUUACUCCUUGACACAGAAAUACAAAAAAGAAAAUUAUUAUAAUUGAAUAUGGACUUUAAUGGGUGAAAUAUGUGAGAUGAUCUGUAUAAUGGCAGAACAGCCGCACACACAGACGCUUUAUACAGACAGAAGGAGUAGUGAAGUUAAAGUGGCCACUAUGUGAUGGCCUAAAUAUCCGCUGUUGUACCACCCUUCAACAGAACACAUGCAAAGUGUGAGGCCGAUAAGAAGAACAACCAUACAGACAGACAGAUUUCUGGAAUUAGUAGAAAGGUGUCGAUACCUGUAUCCCAGUGUCAAAUGUCCUCUUGGAGCCUUCACAGCCUUUUGCUGUUAUGUUCAGGUGUAAAGAAGUAGGACAUAAUGUUGACAUGAGUCACGUCAGACUCUGCUCUGUAACAUAUUAUCAGGAUUAUGAAUGGAAUAUUCUAUUAGCAACUCACGUAAAACUCAUAUUGUAGGCAAUUCCUCAAGAAUAAUGUUCGUAGUCAAAAUGUUGCAGUCCUUGUAAACAUAAGAAAAACAGAUCAGUGAUAUCAAUUAAACAUGAACAACAGCAAC